UUUCUCCGUCUUUUUCUCUCCUUUUUCUCCAUAAAUUUGUCCAAAAACGGACUCUUUUAAUCCAUCAUGAGGCGAUCAAGAAGUACAAGAAAUAAGAGCCAGAACAGCGCCAGUCAAAAUGGUGAAGGCGAGUCCAAAACAGUAUGGCAGUGGAAGGGGGAUGAGGACCAGUGGGAGCCGUACCCUGAGUCUGUUUGCAGAGAGCUGGACUCGGCUCUGGCUUCAGGAAAAACAUCGUUCACUUUGAGUCUGGAGUCUGGGAGAGAAUACGACAUGGACCUGAAAAAGAUGUUACAAAUCAAUCCGGUCACGAAAUACAAGAGAAAGAUCCGUGCACAGACGUUGAAAACAGAAAUCAAGAAUGAAGGAUUAGAAAGCAGUGACGUUGCUAAUGGACUCGACGCGGAAAUUAAAGAAGAAGAGGAAGAGACAGAGGAACCACCGGCUCCAAAGAAACGUAGAGGACCCAACAAAAGUCAAAUGAAAACUAAUUCUGCCCCCAAAGAAGAAGUCAAGGUCGAAGAAACAGUGAAGACGGUGGUAAUGAAGGGGAAGGCUCCUGUGGACUCUGAAUGCAAAGCCAAACUCGGAAAGGCUCAUGUUUACUGUGAAGGAAAAGAUGUUUACGACGUCAUGUUAAAUCAGACAAAUGUACAAUUCAACAACAACAAAUACUACCUGAUUCAACUUUUGGAAGAUGACAAUUCAAAAUCUUACAGCGUUUGGAUGAGAUGGGGGCGAGUUGGAAAAGUUGGUCAGAACAACCUGAUAUCGUGUGGAGGAGACCUGCUUAAAGCUAAAGAUGUGUUCAAGAAAAAAUUUUUCGACAAAACCAAAUACAACUGGGACCAGAACAGAGCGUAUUUUGAGAAAGUGCCUGGAAAAUAUGACCUUGUGUUUAUGGACUACAGCACCAAUGACAAGGAGGAGAAUAAAACAGAGCUGGACACUGCGGCGGUGAAGAAGCCGUCAUCUUUGGACAGUAAAAUCCAGUCUCUGUUGGAGCUGAUCUGUGACCUGAAGGCCAUGGAGGAGUGUGUGCUGGAGAUGAAGUUUGACACUCGCAAAGCUCCUCUGGGUAAACUGACCACAGAGCAGAUUCGAGCUGGAUACGCUGCGCUGAAGAAAAUCGAGGAGUGUUUGAAAAAGAAAGGAGGAAAUCGAGAGCUUCUGGAAGCCUGUAACCAAUUCUACACACGCAUCCCCCAUGAUUUUGGGUUAAAGACGCCUCCCAUCAUCCGCACAGAGGAGGAACUGAAGCAAAAGAUUGAACUUUUAGAGGCUCUGAGUGACAUCCAGAUCGCGGUGAAGAUGGUUCAGUCGAGUGGAGACAGUAAUGAGCAUCCUCUGGACCGUCAGUACAGGUCUUUGCAUUGUGGUCUGCAGCCACUGGACCCCAACGCAAAUGAAUACAAGGUGAUAGAGCGUUACCUGCAGACAACACACGCCUCCACACACAAAGACUACACCAUGACCAUCCUGGACAUUUUCUCUGUUGAUCGAGAAGGAGAGAGCGAGCACUUUCUCAAAGACCUACACAACAGGACCCUGUUGUGGCACGGCUCUCGUUUGUCUAACUGGGUCGGGAUUCUCAGUAAAGGGCUCAGGAUCGCUCCACCAGAAGCUCCUUUCACUGGAUACAUGUUUGGUAAAGGGAUCUACUUCGCCGAUAUGUCGUCCAAAAGUGCAAACUACUGCUUUGCAAAUCAGCAGAAUAAUAAUGAAGGACUGCUGCUGCUCUGUGAGGUUGCCCUUGGCGACAGUCACGAGCUGAUAGACGCUGAUUAUGAAGCGGACAAACUUCCUCCAGGAAAACACAGCACCAAAGGCCUGGGCAAGACCGGACCUGACCCCAAGAACGCAGUCACUCUAGAUGGUAUGACAGUCCCGAUGGGUCCUGGCGUCUCCACUGGAGCUGUGAAUACUAAAGGUUAUUCUCUCCUUUACAAUGAGUUCAUCGUCUAUAACCCAGCUCAGGCCAGAAUGAGGUACCUGCUCAGAAUUAAGUUCAACUACUCUUCUCUCUGGUGAAACUGAGGACCAAGGAACAAAUCAAAAACAUGUACACAUACUUAGACAGUUUGCAUUGGACAAAACUCUGUUGGGACUCCCUGAAUUUUCUGCAUUUCGUCCAGGGGCGGGACUUAGCUUUCCACAUCAAUCAAGGGUAACGAACUGCUUUCCAUGGAGAGUGAAUUAAUUUUUUUAUCUGCAGAUGUGAUUACAGCAAAUAUUGAAGGUCCUAUAUUGUGCAAAACUGACUCUUUGGAGCUUUAAGCCAUGUUAAAACAUUAUUACCUUCUCAAAAAGAUACUUGGAGUUGUGUUUUGUUUGAAUAAUCCUUUAUUAUUAAUCAUUGUCUACAUCUACAAAGCUCAAAAUCGUCUUUUGCACCUUGUGUUGUCAUGAAGCGGUAAUUUUCAAGUUAACAGCUACUUUUUACCUUUGGUUCAGUAGAUAUUGGCAAUUCCAGGUCUGAAAUCAUCUAAAUUACUUCACAAGGUGGAACAGUUUGAGGGAAGAACUCAGCCUAAAUCUGCAGGGUUUGUGUAUUAAUCAUUUGUGAAUGAAAAAAACACAACUCCAGGUCCAGGUUUGUGAUGAGGAAACCACAUUAUAAUGUCAUAUGGUCCUUUAACGCUCAGUAACAUUGACGCCAUUUUUGUAGUCCAUUAAAUAGAGUUAACUAAUACUUUUAUUUAUUUAUUUAUUUUUUUCGCCUAAAAAAUUGCUGUUCACUUGUGUUAAGACCCUGGUAGCAAAACUGUCUCAGCUCCUCACUAACCCGCUCCUCACCCUAACCUUCACCUAACUGUGACAAAAAUAUAUAGACAAAAAUCAACUUUAGAAAGCAUAAACGCUAAUAGUCUGCAAAUUAUCUGCAUCAACUGGAAAUAAAAGAAAAUGUGGAUGUGUUUUUGGUACAAUAUUAGGUCUAAAUUUGCUUUGUCAAAAAGUCAGGUUUUUUGGCUGUAUGGGUGAACAGGAAACCACUGUUUAAAAUGGAGUUGCCAUAGUUACAGUAGAACAUUAAGUCCCAGUCCUGAACAAAAUGCCGAACUUUUAGGGAGCCCCAAAACCAAUUAGAAUUCAAUAGCAAAACAUAAACGAUGUGUCAUUUUACCAGACGACGUCCUAUUCAUUGCCAUUUUAAAAAUGGACAACAUUUUGCACUAUUCUCACAUAUCAUGCCUUUUUAAACUGUAGCUUUGUGUCAAUUUAAAUGUUGUUUACUGGUAAAACUAAUUAAAACACUGCAUUUUAUUAUUUUGGUGAUUUCUCUGUUAUUAAAAUGGUUCAAAUCAUCAUUUGCGAUGCUUUGGGCGUUGCAAUAUUGUAUGUCUUGUGCCAGUGUUUUAAAAUGAAGACAUGUUUGUAAUCUUAUUUGGUGCUUGCCGUAGCUCUAUACAGUCAAUAAAACAUAAAUAAAUGACAGUGUUA